AUGAAUGUUGAAAAGAUCAUUCUUGAGAACAUGUCAAUUGAAGAAAUUGCUGAUGUUCUUCAACAAAAGCUUAGUCAAGAAGAAGAUAAAAGACUUGUUAUAACUACAAGUGAAAAAGUAAUUAUUGAGGAAAACAAAAAGAAAAAUAAUCAACUUACUUUCAUAAUUACCAGAGCUCAAAGAAUAGGAGAAAAAUUACAAUUAUAUCUGGAAGACCUCCAAAGAAAUUCUUCAAUUAUCCACUCCUUUCCAGAAAUUUAUGGAGACACUUGGGAAUCAAAAGUUGCUAGAAUUUGCUCCAUAAUCAAACAAGAAAGAAUACCUAAUCUGAAAUUACAAAGGUUUUAUCAGUUGGGAACUUUAUUGAAUGAAAAGAGCUGGACAAAAAGUGCAAGAACAGAAGUAAUGAAACACUUCUCCACUCAUAAAUAUAGAGAAGUUUGGAAGUCUGCAUAUCGUACUUAUCAAAUAUAUUUUGCUAGGGGAUCACAAAACAUAUUUGAAGCUCAGAAAAUUUCUCCAUUUGUCUUAUUUAAGAUGUAUGAUGAUGAUUUUAAAAUCUUACUCAAAGAGGCAGAAGUAUUAGGCCUUCAAGAGCUUUAUGAAGUCUCGCAGGAGCUCAACU